AUGUCUGCCCCCUACCCCGGCCGCCAAUCCCCAUCCCCCGAGCGCCAGUCCGGUGCUCAGCAGAGCGACCCUCCCGCCAGUGGCAAGAUCGGCAACCCAUCUGUCCGCCCCGAGUCGGAUUUUGGACAGAACGAGUCGGACCAGCACAAGGCCCAUGGCCUACAGAGCAACCCCGAGCACCCGCUGGAGAAGGUUGAGGCAGCCAAGUUCAGGAAGGGGACAGGGAACUAA